AUGCAACCUGGGGACCCGAUCGCAAGCACAAUUUCAGCAAUGCAGACUGUGCUUCGCAAAAUUAAUCCAUCAUACGAAUGGGUGCCUUUAUUAGCAACAACUGGGGAUAAGAUUGCGCCCCCAGGAGGGACAUCGACACAGCAUGGCCUUUUCCCCUACCACAGGCAUCAAUCACUGCUCAACGACCAUGCAAUUCUUCAGAACCAGUCACCAGGGAGGCGUCCUGGUAUAAUGACAUAUCCUUGGAACCUUCCACAGGUGGAAAAACUGGAAAACCCUGAAACCGGCGGCUCUGCGGGCUCUGGGGAUGACUUGCUUGAUUUCACUCAGUCUGACAUGGGCUGGAAUUUCGAUUUUUCUACCAUGGACCUGGACGCAUUCUUUUCGGUUUAUCAGUCGAACCACGCCCCGGUAAUCUAA